AUGAAUGAACUGCGCAACUAUCCGUUUGACGAAGUUGAGCCGUCGACACCUCUAGCACUGGAAGAUCAGUUAUUUGCUACAAACCUGAAAAUUUUUGAGCAGUCUGACGAGUGUGCGAAAGAACGUAUCAACAGACAGGCGGGAUGGUCAUCACUGGAUGCAGCUGCUCUUGCACUUACCGAACAUUCUAACCGUAAUAUGUCUUUAACAGUUAAUUCCAAAAACACAUAA